UGUUUCUGUUACUCAUGGAUACAUUCUUUUUCCAAACAGAGAGAAGGAAGUAAAAGAGAAGUGGCGUGGUUUUUCUCCAAAACUCACCCCCUCUUCUUAGCUUCUUCUACUCUUCAAAUCUCAUCAAUCUUAUACAAAGCCAUAGAUACAUAGCACAAACUCAGUCUAUAUUGCUCAUAUCCAAUCGUUUCAAAGGGUUUUUGUUGUUGUGUGUGUUUGGAACUUCGGAUGGUGACGAAGGGAAUGCGUGUUGGGAAAUACGAGCUUGGGAGAACUCUUGGUGAAGGGAACUCUGCAAAAGUCAAACUCGCUACGGAUACUGUUUCUGGCCAAUCGUUUGCCGUCAAAAUCAUCGACAAGUCUCGUACCAGUCGCAUCAACGUCCCUUUUCAGAUUAAGAGAGAGAUACGCACACUCAAAGUUUUGAAGCAUCCAAACAUUGUCAGAUUGCAUGAGGUCUUGGCUAGCAAAACCAAGAUCUACAUGGUCCUUGAAUGUGUCACUGGAGGAGACUUAUUUGACAGAAUUGUGUCCAAAGGAAAGCUUUCGGAAACUGAAGGAAGAAAAAUGUUUCAGCAGUUGAUUGAUGGAAUAAGCUAUUGUCAUAACAAGAGCAUUUUCCACAGGGAUCUCAAGCUAGAGAAUGUUCUUCUUGAUGCAAAUGGGCACAUUAAGAUCACUGAUUUUGGCCUUAGUGCUGUGUCUCAGCAUUUUAGGGAAGAUGGAUUGCUACAUACAACCUGUGGUAGUCCUAACUACGUCACGCCUGAGGUUCUAGCUAACAAGGGCUAUGAUGGUGCAGCAUCAGAUAUAUGGUCAUGUGGAGUAAUCUUGUAUGUUAUUCUUACUGGUUGUCUCCCUUUUGAUGAUACAAACCUCGCCGUUCUCUGCCUGAAGAUAUUCAAAGGUGACCCUCCAAUACCUAGAUGGUUAUCACCUGGUGCUAAAACCAUGAUCAAAACAAUGCUCGAUCCAAAUCCAGUCACAAGGAUGACAGUAUCAGAAGAAGAGAAGAGCCAUGAUUCAUCAACCGUCAUCAACGCCUUUCAGCUGAUCGGAAUGUCACCGUUUCUAGACAUCUCCGGUUUGUUUGAGACAGAGACAGUAUCAGAGAGGCAGAUAAGAUUCAUGUCAAAUAGGUUAGCCACUGAUGUUAUGUAG